AUGGCCAGCAACAAAGACCGCAUCACCUGCCACGUCCUCGACACCACCGCCGGCCGCCCCGCAAAGGGCCUCCGCGUCCGCCUCGAGGGUCCCGCCCCCGUCUCCUCCGCCUCCGCGCACCCCUCCAGCCACAACGCCCACAACGCCCUCAAGACCUUCGAGUCCCUCACAAACGACGACGGCCGCAUCACCGUCUGGCUGCCCUACAGCUCCGAGACGUCCUCGGGUGAGGUCCCCAUCUACACCCUCGAGGACGUCCUCGGCGCCGUGCAGGGGCCUUCGCGGUGGACGCUGCGGUUCGAUACCGCGGGCUACUUUGGCGAGGACCAGACCUUCUUCCCGGAGGCGACUGUUGUGUUCCGGGUCGACCAGGGGCAGCACUAUCAUGUUCCGUUGCUGCUGAGUCCGUACAGCUACACCACUUACCGUGGCAGCUAG